GAAGGCGGCGGUGAUGGCGGGGCCCGCGGCCCCGGAGCGCCACCGCUGCGCUGAGCCCCCGGGCCUGCCGCGAGGAGGAGGAGGAGGUGGAGGAGGAGGAGGAGGAGGAGGAAGGACCCGAUGGCGAACAGCAGCGAGCUGGGGAGCAGCAGCAGCCCGCACCUGCCCAGCGCCGGCGGCCUGCUGAGCGCCUCCGGGCUGAAGCUGGCCACGCUGGGGCUGAUCCUCUGCGUGAGCCUGGCAGGCAACGUGCUCUUCGCUUGGCUCAUCCUCAAGGACCGACACCUGCACCGUGCCCCAUACUACCUGCUGCUGGACCUCUGCUUGGCCGAUGGGCUCCGCUCGCUGGCCUGCUUCCCCUUCGUCAUGCUGUCGGUGCGCAGCGGGGCCGCCUGGCCCCACGGGCUGCUCAGCUGCAAGGUGCUGGCCUUCCUGGCCGUGCUCUUCUGCUUCCACGCCGCCUUCCUGCUCUUCUGCGUGGGGGUCACGCGCUACAUGGCCAUCGCCCACCACCGCUUCUAUGCCAAGCGCAUGACGGGCUGGACCUGCCUGGCUGUGGUGUGCAUGGUGUGGACUCUCUCCAUGGCCAUGGCCUUCCCUCCCGUCUUCGAUGUGGGCACCUACAAGUUCAUCCGGGAGGAGGAGCAGUGCAUCUUUGAGCACCGCUACGUCAAGGCCAACGACACGCUGGGCUUCAUGCUCAUGCUGGCGGCCGUCAUCGCCGCCACCCACCUGGUCUACAUCAAGCUGCUCUUCUUCAUCCACGGCCACCGCAAAAUGAAGCCGGCCCAGCUGGUCCCAGCCAUCAGCCAGAACUGGACCUUCCAUGGGCCGGGGGCCACGGGCCAGGCGGCGGCCAACUGGACGGCUGGCUUUGGUAGGGGACCCACGCCGCCCACCCUGGUGGGCAUCAGGCAGGCCACCCACAGCCAGAUCAAGAGGCUGCUAGUGCUGGAGGAGUUUAAGAUGGAGAAAAGGCUCUGCAAGAUGUUCUACAUGAUCACCUUGCUUUUCCUGCUCCUCUGGUCCCCCUACAUUGUGGCCUGCUACCUGCGGGUCUUCAUUAAGGCCAGCUCCAUCCCCCAGGUGUACCUGACCACCUCUGUCUGGAUGACAUUUGCCCAGGCCGGGGUCAACCCCAUCCUUUGCUUCAUCUUCAACAAGGAGCUCAGGGUCUGCCUCCGAGCCCACUUCCCGUGCUGCCAAAGCAUCCAGAGCACCCAGGGCACCAUCCUGUGCGAUCUCAAGAGCUUUGGGAUGUAGGGGGGCUUCCUCAGCCUACAAAAAAGAAAGAUGGAUACCAUUUUCCAUGUUUCUGCAUAUGAUCUCAAGAAAGUGUGACCCGUGGGGGAUGUACUGAGCCACCACCCGGCACCCAAACCUUAGGCUGUAAGAAGCUGUUUUAUUUAUUUUUCUAUACUCUGCGUGUGCUCUCCAGAACAUAACAGGUUGCUGUUUAUGGAAACAGGUACUUGAGCAGAACACCCCCAAACCUUAGGCUGUACGAAGCUGUUUCUCUUUGUGAUUAUGUGGUUUUUAACAACAAAACAGGGCUCCAAGUUUCUGGUCUUGCUUCUAAUGUUUCUAGACAUGAUUCCAACAGAUACGGAUUAAGGCCAUGACGUUUUCUUUUUUUUUUUUUUCCUAUUCCUGUCUGUUUUGAUAAAGGCUUAACAAUUUUACUCAUGUAAUAUUUGAUAAAAGCCAAGACAAUUUUAUACUAAAGUUAUUUUUGAUGACCUCAAGAGGUGUUGUUUUCUUAUCAUUUGAUUUCAGUGAAGAACAAGAAGAGGACGUUCCUGGUGUGCUUUAGUGGAAGUCGGUUUUUGGUGGGAGCUGUGGGUUCAUUCAUUCUCAAAUGGUUUGAGUAUUUGAAGCAGUUACUUAUAACUUUUGCCUGACAUGCAAACAGUGUAGAACUAAUUUCGAUUUUCUCGUUGCACUAUUUAUUUGGUAAUAUUUCGGAACUAUUUGUGAAAUGUGAUUUUAAAAUACCAACUUUAAAACUAAUCAACUAUAGCAGUUUUUAAAAACCUAGAUUGAAAUUCAUAUUUUACUGCCUUUAUAGGAAGUUAUCUACAAACCUGGGUAACACUUGUACAUUUUGACUGUUUUCUUUAAUAAAAUCUUGAAAACC